UUAGUGGUUUUGUUCUCGUAAGAAACGAAGUUGUAACUGAAAGUUUACACUUAUUACCUGUUCUUUGAAGCUAUAUUAUUAUUAUUUUGACAAGUCAUAGAAACUUAGCUAUUGCUACUUUGGAUUAAGUUUUUAAAAUAGUCAUGUAAUAUAUUUGAAUAUUUAUAUAUUUUAGUAUAGGACUCUCACACCACAACAUAAUAUUUUAUGUUAUUAGUACUACUAACUUGUUAGUGUACAACAGUACAAGUACAAACAAAAGUAUAGCGUAUAAAUUUACGAUUCUAGUCAACUACUGAAUAGUUACUACUGUAAUUGUAGCCUCGGUAGAUAAGCUAUUAUUAAGCCUAAGCUUUAUAAUUAUAUGAUAGCUAAAUUAAUUUUUACGACAUCUCAGUUUAUUAUUUGGAACAGAAUUUUAUGUCCUUUCUAUGAGUUAUUUCCAUGUGGCUCUCAGUCUCACCAUUGUAUACUCUAGAAAGAAUUUCGUCGUAGACAGUUUAACUUUUUUGAAUAUUUAAUAAUGCAUUUAUACAUCUCUUAUGACCACACUAUUAAGUAAAACUUGUGCAUUUCAAAUUCAAGCAGGUAUGCAAUCUGAAAAGAAUUGUUCAAGAUAAUUUUUUCCCCUUAUUUUUGUCCAAAGGUAAACUGAACUUUGGCUUAGGUUUGUACAAGGUGUAGGUAAAUCUGGCAAGACUUUGUAAUAAUGGUGUAGUCUUAGUUGCUUUUGUGUACAAUAUCCGAAAGCUCUACUUCACAGACUUUGAAUUAAAAGAAAUUACAGUAUGUACCCACGACCUUGUCAGAUGACACCAGGAAGCUUUCGGCUUAUUCCAGGUACCAGUACUUUGUAUGAUAAUCGCUUUCGCCAUCUGCAGAAGAGACAUAAAGAAUCCUUUUUAGGAUUAAAUGCAAUUUUCUUACCUGAUGCUAAUCCAGUUGGUGUUGUAUAUCGAUCCAGUUUGCCUGCUACACCUUUAUGUACUCCUCUUCACGAAGGACCUCAGUUUUCUGAAAGAGUACUAAGAGAACGUCUAUGCAAGACUCCAUCGCCGUGGAAGUGUAAAUUUUUUGAACCACAUCAUUCAAGUGUGGGCUUAAAUACCCUUGAAGACAACUGGGGAGAUGUUGCUUUGAAGGGAGAUUGUGUUAACCGUGUCACCAGUCUAGCUGGGUUUAAAAAAUUUGCACAGCAUGCAAAAAAUAAAAUUGAAGAGAGAACUGAUAAAAAUCUAGGUCAUAUUUCUCAUCAAAGCAAACGGGAAACCAUAACAAAGGAAAAUCAGCCAAUUACUUUGAGCUUAAACAAACGAGUUUUUGUUGGAAAUAUAAGUUAUAGGGUGAGCAGGAAAGAACUCUGGAACCAUUUCAGCCAGUUUGGAAAAGUUGUGCACUGUGUUAUUGUACAAGAUCACAUCAAAAAAAGACCAAAGGGGUUAGUGAACCAAACUUGCACUUCUGGACGUAAUGUAAAGUAAUAAAAGGCUAUAAGAAAUAGUGGAGAAAAUGUGUGAUUCAUACGGUCCUUAAAACAAAAGUUAUGAUUCUACAGAUCAAAGUGAAACAUUUAAAAUAUUAAAGUACUUACAUAAUUUAUAAGUUUCUCUGAAAUCAGAUUGCAAAAUAGCUUCUAAAAAUGUUAUAGCUUAUUAACUUUUUUAAUUUUGUUUCUUAUACAUCUGUAACAGUUUUU